AUGACUGCCCCAGCAACCCAAUACGAUGCCUUGGUUCUCGGAUCCGGCCCAGCAGGCCUAUCCAUUGCCCUGGGCCUCAGCCGCGUUCGCAGGCGUGCCGCUAUCUUCACGAAGCCCAACGGUGCAGGCUUCAGGAACGAGGGCGCCGCUGAAAUGCACAAUGUCAUAUCCCGCGACCGGACACCACCAGCAGAAUUCCGCAGCGUCGCAACAAAGCAAAUCAGGAACUACGGCACCGUGGACUUCAUCGAGGCGGAAAUCGUGGAUAUACAACAGACGACCGGUGAAAAUGGGGCCCCGGGGACGUUUGAGGUUGUUGCCGAAAAUGGCCGCAGCUGGACUGGGCGGAAGUUGGCGCUGGCUAUGGGGUCUGUCGAGGUGUUUCCGGAUAUCGAGGGAUACCGUGAGAACUGGCCUCACAAUAUAUUCCAGUGUUUCUUCUGUGAUGGCUAUGAAAGGUCCCAUCUCCCAGGUGGUGUGCUCGGUUUCCCCAACCCUGCGUAUGCCCAUCUCGCACAGAUGUUGAAUCUCCUCGUUACCCCCAGCUCAGGCCCAGCGACUGUCUUCAGCGAUGGCCCCGUUCCGGAUAACGAGGCGAUGCAGGCGGCGCUGGAAAAAGUCAGGGCACUGAACUUCAAUGUUGAAACUGGGAAGAUCAUCCGCUUGGUCCCUGCCGUCGAGCCUGACGUGGGCGUUACCGUCGUUGUGGAAGGCGGAAAGGAGUACAAGCUGGGAUAUUUGGGACACAAGCCAUACACCGUCUUGGCUGGCAAGGAUGUGAUCACGAAACUUGGGGUCGAGACUGAGGAUAAUCCCGUCAUGGGCGAAAGUAUCAAGACAGUCGAUCCGUUGGGCUCGACCAAUAUCAAGGGUGUCUUUGUUGCUGGUGACGCGGGCACUCCUAUGAAAGCUGUUGCUAAUGCAUGUGGCAGUGGAGCCACUGUCGCGGCUGGCAUUGUGCAGCAGUUGAUCACUGAGGAUAUGGAGGUUGUUUUGGCAAGCAAGAAGUCUUCAUGA